AUGGCUAUCCAAUUUUCCAAGAGUAAUAUGAUGAUUGUUGCAAUCUGCAUAUUUAUAGUUUCAGCAUUGGAUGUAGAAGCAGAAUCAAGAAAUUCUGGGGUGUUCCAAUACUACAAAAUUAGCUUACGGUGGCCAAGAUCAUACUGUAAUACUGAUCAUGCAGGCAAUUGCCAAGGACCAUUCCUCAGAAAUUUUACUAUUCAUGGUCUCUGGCCGAUGUAUUUUGCAGAUACUAGAGUCCCUUCAUACAAUCGAAGUGGUUGUACUAAGUUCGAACCAGUACCAUCAGCUAACAUUACUAGGCAACUGUUAAGUCCAAUAUUAAAUGACAUGGUUAGAUAUUGGCCCAGCCUUCCAUCAUAUGACAAUAUUACAGCAAGUGAAGAAUUUUGGAAACUACAAUGGGAAGGCCAUGGAAUGUGUUCUCAAUAUCCCCAGUAUCCUAUAAGAUACUUCAAGACGGCAUUAAAUUUCAUAAAACACAACAAUCUCCUAACGAUUCUCAAAAGAGGGAAAAUUUAUUCAAACAAUGAAUACUACACUAGAAUUGAAAUUUCUAGGGUCCUGCGUGAUUUCUUUGGAGCUCGAGUUGAAAUCAGAUGCAGCGUAAGUCGUCAAGAUGCUUUACAACUCAGUGAGAUUCGUGUAUGCAUAGAGAAAUGGGGUGAUCCUUUAGACUGUAAUCGUGAAUUUUCUGGCUGUCCAGAAAAUGAAUUCAUACAGUUUCCUUCUGCAAACUAG